AACACGUCAACACCAGUUAGCAAAAUCCGAAAGAGAGGGGAGAUAAAGCUAUAGCAUUCCUUCCUCCCCCACGAGAGGCCAGGCCUCAGCUUCAUCCCUGAAGAUUUAAAAGGGACUCUCCGUCAUGGCCGUCCGUCUCUUCUCUUCAACGGCGCUCCUCCAGUAUCGUCAUGUACACAACACAGAGGAAGAAGGAAGCUGCUUUGCGCCUCGGCGAGUCUUUCAUCCUCACCGUCUCAAGCCUAUUGCUCCUAGGAGUGGACUUCUCAAGUGUAACAGUGACUAUUUCACGAGGAAGUGCCUGCGGAAGAAUAGAACUCAAGCCAUUGCGGAGUAUUUGGGUUCAGCUUCAGAUCCAAAGAAGCCUAGUUAUCAUCCUUCCGAAGAUAUCAGAGCCUAUGUGCCAGAGAAUCCUGGUGAUUCUAGGCUUCCACCUGCUGAAACCGCUAGAACCAUCAUUGAGGUGAACAAAAAAGGAACGUUGAUGCUAUCAGGUUUACUUGGUAUUGGACUUCAUGAGAACAUUCUCUGGCCUGAUAUUCCUUAUGUAACAGAUCAGCAUGGAAAUAUAUACUUCCAAGUUAGGGAAAACGAGGACAUCAUGCAGACCGUUGUCACCUCAGAUAAUAAUUAUGUGCAAGUAAUAGUAGGUUUUGAUACGAUGGAGAUGAUCAAGGACAUGGAGCUGAGUACUCCCUCUGGUAUUGGUUUUGAGAUUGAAGAAAUGGAAGAUGGUAUUACUGAAGUUGACGAUGAAAACAAGAGGGAGGAAGAUGAAGACAAAGAUGAUGAGGAAUGGGUUGCUGUUCUAGAGGAUGGAGACGAUGAUUAUGUUUCAGACUCUGAUGAGUCACUCGGAGACUGGGCAAACUUGGAAACUAUGAGAACUUGCCAUCCCAUGUACUUUGCCAGGAGGAUAGCCGAGGUUGCGUCAAAGGAUCCUUUAAACUGGAUGGAGAAACCCUCUGCUGGCCUUGCUAUCCAGGGGCUAUUGAGCCGUGUCUUUGUGAAAGACCACUCAGAUAUCUCUGAUCCCAAGUCUGACAAAAAGAAGGAGGGAGAGAAAUCCGAAGAGAAAGUUGAUGAAAGUGAGAUAUUGCAGCUUGAGAAUUCGAGAAAUGCCAUAUCUUAUUACAGGCUGGAGAUGAAUAAAAUCCAGCUCAUCACAGCACAGGGGCAUCAGACUCAAGUGGAAGUGGAAGAUGUCAGAAAAGCACAACCUGAUGCUAUUGCACUCGCACCAGACGGGAUUGUGAGUCGUUUAGAAGAAGAUGGGGAUAACAAACUGACUGAAGCGCUCAAAUCUCUAUGUUGGAGACAUAACGGGAUUCAAGCAGAGGAAGUGAAGCUGAUCGGUAUAGAUUCACUUGGUUUCGACCUCAGGCUUUGCUCGGGUAUGCAAAUUGAGACAUUACGGUUUGCAUUCUUGACAAGGGCAACAUCAGUACACAGUGCUGAAGGACAGUUGAGAGAAUUAUUAUUUGCUUCAAUACCUCAUAAGCCGCAGAAACCAAAGCAAACGAGUCCAAAGGAAUCUUGGUGAUGUUUAGUAAAAAAGAAGUCUACAAGAAAACAAAUUCAACCGCAGUAUUUGUAUAUCAACAGCAUCUUUCAUCACGAGUCAAUCAUGAAGUAACUACUGUCGAUUUUCAGUGUUGGUUUGUAGGAGAUAGGCAUACGAAGUGAUCUCGAUCUCCUCUUGUUUAAUGUUUUUUUUUCUUCAAUUCAUUCUAGAUGCAUAAUGUAUUUUUGUUUGAGGUUCAAGUCUGUGAUUCUCAAACGCAGGAUCUUUAGGCUCAGUUUUUGGAUUAUAAGCCAUUUGAUAUAACUUGGGAUCAGUGUUUUAAAAUACGCUCUCGUCUAGGCAGCGUCUAUAUAUUGCUAUACAGUAAUUAGCCA